UCAUCAACCUGUAAGGAUGAGUGCUGGACGAGCACCUGAGGGCGCCGGCUGCAUCACCUGGUGGGGCUUCAGUCCUGCGCGCGACCUCCUGAGCACAGGCCCUAUGAGACCUAAAGGGGACACCAACGUUUUACUGGUUGGCUGUGGAGAUCCACGUCAUAUUCUGAAGAUGAUUUCUGGUUUGCAGAACAAAGAAAGUCUUCAUGUGUGGGUGAUAGAAAACAGCAUGGAGGUGGUGGCCAGACAGCUGCUGCUCCUCUACCUGGCACUAGUGCCAAAGGAAAGCAUGGGAGAUAAUGAGAAAACAGAGGUUUUCCUGGAGGUGUUUGGUAACAGUGAGAUCCGCAGUCAGACAGAAGAAACACUGAGACGUGCAGCAUCGCAGCUCUCACUGUUUGUUACUGAAACACUGGAGACAGCCAUGCACCCCUGUCUGAACACAACUCUUCUCAAGUUCAAGGAGCGAGAUGACCUGGCCAGGAUUUUCAAGCUGUGGCUCCAGCCUCGACCUUCAUCCUCCUCCUCUCAGUAUGCCACCCCUAUCUUAAUGUCCAAAGCCUGGGAUUAUCGGGUCAGGCUGCACCUUGGAGCACGAUACGACUCAAAGAAGGGCUGCUUCGACUGGGACCUUACAAUGAAACUGCACGAGAAAGGGUGUGGUGUCAUCAACAAACAUCAGUACGCACAGUGGAGGGAACGGGGAUUGGCUUUCCAGAUGAGGGAAGGCGACUAUAAAAUAACCAAUCCAAGUCUGCUCUCUUCAAGAGUGUUCAGUCAGAAAGGGGACAAAGUGGCAGUCAGGGGCUACUGGGGAGACAUUGUUUCCAGCCCUUACCUCUCCUUUGGCAUUGAAACUGAUGACACAAGCCUGCUGAAGACACAGAAUGGGCAACACAUCAAGACAGCCCAGGAUAUCUCCUUUGCAAAUGUACAGGAAUUGUUCCAGUCCCUGUCCAGCAGACGGGGCUGCCCCACCACUUCUCAGUCAGAGGCAGAGGAGCCAUCCCAAGAGACUGACCCAAAAUCUGUCACCAUUAAUGAGUUGAUGCAUUUAAAUGGGAUCUCUGUGACCUUCCUGCCUAUGGACUCACUUCACAAACUGCCAGAAAAACAGAAAUACGCACACUUCUUUAACACCAUCUACUUUUCUGCCAGCUGCGUGCACCAGUUGGGCCCGACGAUGAGACAGAUUGCAGCACCAGACGCUGUGCUUGUCGUGGAGUUGGCCAAGUACAUUCUGGAUCUGAACAAAGACCAAGAAGCAGGCUUUGCAAAAAAAGUGGCGAGCAUUGCUCUGGAGGCUGGAUUUGAGCCAUGGCGUGAAGGGAAGAAUGAUGACGUCCAGGCUGUUUUCACACCACAGAGGAAUUCACUUCCAGCGUCCUCCGACCUUCCCCUUACCGUGGACUUUUUUGCUGUAUUGAGACAAGAAAAAAAAGCACAUACAGAUUAUGAACAGCUGUAGUUUGCACAGAAAGUGUGACUGAUUGACAAUGAGUUUAUGUUCAUUAUCUGAGAUGUCCUUUCUGUGCAUAAAGUGGCAGAGUGCUGUGAGUUUCCUGUGUCAUUGCGACUUUUGCCAUCUGUGGUCUGUUUGCAUAGUCGAUGCAAAGUAGCUGCAUACAAUGCUCUACAGGCAUGAAGACUGUUUCACGGUAGAUUGUGACAAGCAGAGUGACUCACAAUUUCUGAGCAUGUUGGAUUCUGUUCAGGAGGACGUUGAUCUGGGGAGAAAAAAAAGAAACGUAAUCUAAUGUCAUAAAUAAGCCAUUUUUAGAACAGCAGUUUUGUACAUUCUCAGCUUAACAGCUCACCUCAUACUUCUGCCUCUUCGUCUUCUCAGUCAGGUCAAACUUCUCUGACUCCAGCAGGUAAAUACAUUCCCACAUCUCCUUGGCUCUCUCUCUAAAACACAGCAGCAUUAGAAAUGAAAGAUGACAGAAAUAUGCACAAAUAUUAAAUAUUUUACUGUUUUAGGCAGCUUUUAUUGAUAUAUGCCAGGCUUACCAAGCUGGCCUUCCUUCAACAUGGAACUAGUUUUCUUGAACAAUUUAUUUAAAAUGUACCCAUAUCUACUAGCAACUCAAAUAAAUAAAAAUGUAUUACAGGCGACAUUAUGUUCAUUUUAAGGUUCAUACUCAUAUUUAGGGUUUGUACAACAAAAUGUUUACAUGCUUUGGUGUUGAAAAACCACAUUAUUUUUCUCAUACUGUCUGUUUAAAUGUACCUGUAUUCACCCUCAGUCUUAAAUGCUUCGUUUUAGUGCCUGUCUCUUUAAGCCCCCAUCCUGAGAAAAGCUCAAUCUGCUCUGAUUGGUCAGUGUUUCUGGGUCUUCUGCAUCUGCACUCUUAGUGUUUCUGCACCAUCAUUGCAGCUGGGGAAUGACUGUAGCAGCACUUUCUAUGUGUAUAUAGUAUAGUUGUGACAUCACAUCCUUGUAGAGGUUGUGAUCACUCGUUUAAAAGGCACAAUUUCUGAAUACAGGGUGUGUACAAUUCUCUUCAUGGAUUAGGCAUUUUGAUACCUUCACAUAUUUAUAAAGCACCUAGACCUGUUUAACGGGCAUGAAAAAAAUCCCACGUUUUAAAAUAUGGGACCUUUAAUGGGCCUUUAACUGACCUCAGGCCGUCCUCUCUCAGGUUCUCAAUUGCCAGGGGCUUGCGUCUCUCUGCCAGGGUCUUCUUCUUGAUUUCCCUUGCAGUUUGCUUUUUGCCUCGCCUUUGCUCUGCCUGCAGGAAACAAACACUUUCUAGGAGGAUCAGACACACAUGAACUCUGAAAUCACACAGUGACACAUCUGCCUGUAAAUGCAUUACCUUGGCCAGGAACCCUCCAAAGUGAGCCCCCAUGUUGGAGAGCACUUUCUUCUUCUUGGCUUCAUCCUCUGCCCUCUUCUUCGCUUCUUCGUCCUCUUUUCUCUGCCUCUCCUCCUGAGGAAGUCAUCUUCAGAUGAUUACUGCUCUUUAUCAUGCUUAAAGACAGAAUAUUGUAAUCUGAGCAGAUUAUUUAUAUUUAUCGAUUAAAAAACAUACAUAGAAUAAUGUAAAAUGUCAAUUACCGCAAUCCGUGUCUGUCUGUCCCGCUCUUUUUCAGCCCUAACACGCUGCUGCUCAGCUCUCUCUGCCCGACGACUCUCCUAUAACAGAAAAGCGGGACUUUUAGACAAAUACAUGAGACACGAAUGGACCAACAGUUGGGAAAACAUCAUGGAAAGUGCUUUACAAUCCUGUCUUUGAGUCCAAUCAGCUCCUCUUCCUCUUUCUUCCUCUGCUCAAAGUGGACAUCAAUCAGAGUCUGCAGCUCCAGCAGAUCUUUCUCCAUCCUUUUCCUAUGGAUAUCCUUAAAGGGAUCAGUGCACAUCAAGAUUAUUUAACAGCUUGUUUUUGCGCUGUAAUUGUUCCAUUAACAACAUCUUGACAGAACAUACAUCAAAGUCAACCCUCUCUCCCUCCGGGAUUUUGGGGGCAGCGAGCUGUGUGACCGGCCUGUAAAAUACCAAAAACGUGAAGCCAUAUCAACAUACACAAUUUAUACUUCUUAGUCGUAAAAUAUGACAAUACUUAUUUGAAUGUAUAUAAUUUCCACUUCCUCUUACUUGUAUUUGGGGCGUUCUUCUUCAAUAUGACAGCAGAACAGCAACAAAAAAGUGAAUCAAUUCAUUUUUUAUAAACAGGAGUUUGAAAACACAACAUAAGCAACAAAUUCAAGUUUAACUCUUUAGAGGCAGGAAGGGUAUUUUAAAGGGGACAUUCUAAUUUUCAUGUCCAUGCAUUUUGGGUUUCUACUUGAACAUGUUUACAUACUUUAAUGUUUUAAACAUAUUUUUAUCUCAUACUGUCUGAAUAUUAAUGUAUUCACACUCUGUCUGUUUUGGUGCCUGUCCCUUUAAGCCCCCCAUCCAAAAGAGCCAAGUCUGUUCUGAUUGGUCAGUGUUUUCAUGUGUUCUGCAUCUGCACUCUCUCUCUGCACCGUCAUUGCAGCCACUCUUGCUGCAACUUUACAGAAGUCCUGACAGCUUGUUUAAAGGCACAGUUUCUGAAUACGGACUGUGUGUAUUUUGAUACAUUCACAACUUGUAUAGCACCUGUAUGUGCAAUAUGGAAACUUUAACACUUUAAAAAUCCCGAGUUCAUCGCCACUGUUCAUAACCAAGACCUGUUUAUUGUUCCUUAAAACAUGUACUACAUUUGUGCUCUUAUUGUGCAGGGGAAUAUACGAUUAGAUCCAUUUAAAUAUAUAUUCAAAGUUCCUGUGUUUUACUAUGCAAAUGAUGUUGGAUAUUUGCAUAAAUAUGUAAACACUGGAUAGCAACAACUCAAUAUUUGCAUUUUGGAAGGUUCUUCUGUGCUUUCACUGACAGGCUUCUGUUACAGCUUGUACUUGUUAUUUCAAAGAUUUUAGUCUAUUAAAGUCCAUCAUCACAGUCUCACCUCCUUCUCCCUGCUCCUCAUCUUCUUCUGGAGAAAGAAAGAGUGACACAGUGACUGAGAUAAGAGAAACGAUUAAACUGCGGCUUUACUAAAUGAAAGAGUGAAUGUCCUUACCUUCCUGAUGACCUCUAAAAAAAAAAAUGAAAGAAUACAUCAGACCUAGCAGAAGCUUGUGAACUAUGCAUGUAGAAAAGUUCAUAAAUGAGAAAAAAGGUAACCUGGACCGGAUUGACUCACCCGUGAUCUUCAAAUUCCGACAUGAUGACACUGGAGAGAAAAUCAUAAAUACAAAGUCUGUGUCAGUAUUAGCCCAAUAUAUGAAUGAAACAAAAUGUUGUAAUUACAUGGAGGCAGAUGAGCAGAGAAAAUUAAAAAGUUUCCUCGUCACAAUUCCUUGUCAGCUCAUGUCUGUGAGACUGUAAUUGGGACAAAACAGUUUUUUUCUGAGUAAGUUUGC